AUGAUAAUUGAAAUAUACGGAGACGAAUCUCCGAUGUUUUGGGGAUUCCCCAGGGGAGCAAGAGCGGAGUACCGGGCGCACGUUACCCACAGCAGGGAAAGAUACACGCGGUCGCGCCGUCGCGGUCUCCGCUGUCGCAUCGAUACUCUCGGCAGGGCAGAAGUUGUCCCAGGGCACGUGAAUUCCUCCUGGUCUCAGGGCAGAAGUUGUCCCAGGGCAGGGCAGGGCAACAUAGUUGGACAAAAGGGAGUCAGCUGUCUUCUCUGGUCUCAGGGCAGAAGUUGUCCCAGGGCAGGGCAGCUAAGUUCCUCCUGGUCUCAGGGCAGAAGUCGUAUUUUUCUCUUCUCAGGGCAACAUAGUUGGACAAAAGGGAGUCAGCUGUCUUCUCUGUAUUAUCUGGUCCCAGUGCAGAGACCAUUAUUUUCCACAUUGUCCCAGGGCAGGGCAGUAUUAUCUGGUCCCAGUGCAGAGACCAUUAUUUUCCACAUUGUCCCAGGGCAGAAUAUGGCGACACAUUGGGUGAAUGGUGUUAAAAAACGGUUGAAGAAGCCAUGUGACUCCAGGGUCCACCAAGAAGUUUUUAUUAUUAGGGGGGAUGCCAGGGAGUUCAUGGAGGGUUACAUCAAUGAAGUGCAGGAGAAGGAGCAUUGCUACUUCAGACCACCAGUCUGCCCCCGGCAAGACUAUUAUUGCUAUGGCUGUGACCGUGGGAAUCAUGCUGCAGGCAAAAGUAAGGGAGAAGCCACACAAACUCGGGCCAAUUCUUGCAAGGCAUACAUCUCUUUCAAAGUCAUCACAGAUGCCGGAAUAUCAGGUGCCAUAAUCCAAAAGAUGCUACAACACACUGGCCAUGACAAGGCUAAUUCUAAAGAGAAAAACCGCAUCCAUCCAGACCUGCAUUCCCUCAUCGAAAUAUGGCUUCAACACGGUUGUUCCACUUCUGAGAUCUUAAUAAAAAGCUAUGAUUGGGCUCAACAAAAUGGGCAUGUGGACAAAAAAGACCGCCGGUUUUACGUGACCCCUAAUGACAUUCGACUUUUAAAGAAAAAACUCAGAGGUGUGAGUGACAGUGAUUCUGUCAGUGUGGACCAUUUGGUUUCCAUGGAACUCAGAGACAACAUCUGUUUUUAUCAGCCACUUCACAAUGAAGAACCAUUCAUUUUAGUUGUACAAACACCAUUUCAAAAACAACUUUUGCAAGAGAACCCCCAUCCAAUGGUUUUCAUGGAUGCUUCAUACAAAGGCAUAACAGCCUACGGGUAUGCAUUUUAUGCACUGUUAUUGAUAAACAAAACUGGAAGAGGCGUGCCAUUUGCCUAUUUUAUCCUGAGCAAGGAAACUACUGCAACCGUAAGCCUCUGCCUACAGAAGCUUCAAUUGAGUAACCCAGGCUUCUAUCCAAGGUCAGUGAUGAUGGACCGUGACUUGAGAGUGCUUAAUGCUAUUAAAAGCGUUUUCCCAAAGGCAAAGCUUCUCCUUUGUUGGUUCCAUGUGCUUCAGGCUGUUAACCGGUGGCUUGUGAAGACAGAUGGAGGUCACCUGACACCUGAACAAAGAAAUGUGGUCAUUCAUGCAAUGGCAUCAAUGAAAGCAUGCCUGACGGAGGAAGAGUUUCUCAAUGUAUCUGCCAAGAAAUGCAGUGAGAUCGACAACUUUUUGGAUAGUCCCCAUGUAACAACUUAUCUGAAGACAAAUUGGUUUAAUUAUGCCGAGCUGUGGGUAAACUUUGGAAGAACGUUCUAUCACUGUAGCAGUGAGACAAACAACAAGGCUGAAAGAUUCUUCCUUACAUUGAAAUACCAGUUUCUGCGAGGCCAGGCAAACCGAAGAGUCGACCAACUUCUGCUCUUGCUAUGUGGAGAUGUAGAAAAGUAUUACAGCUACAUGGAUGGCCUCAGCGAAGCAGGACGACUGACAUUAUCCAGCUCUGCUGCUCACCAGGCUGCUGCGCUGCUAUUUAAAAAUGGCGUGGGCAAAGAUUUGGACAUAGAAGCGGGGCAGUGCUCUGUGCCGUCACAAUCAACCAACACAGCCUACAAAGUUAACUUGUUACACUUCACGUGUGAAUGCACCAAUUUCCGGAUGGGAAACAUAUGCAAACAUCUUCUCUUGGUGAAGAUGGAGGUAGACAGGAGAGGUAUUGACAUUGAAAAAAUGCGGAAUACUAAAGCGUUAGAAAUCAUCAGCCUCCGUCUCUACCAGCAGACUGAAGAUGAAAUAACCAUCUUCAGUAGUGAUGGGACUAUGAGUAUUGUGAAUAGGAAAACUCUGACUUUGUGCACAUGCAUAGCUAAUAGUUUUGGAGAAAGAUGUGUUUGCAUACAUGUCACACAUGUCCUCAAGCCUCAAGACAUUCUCACAGACCCCAACGAAAAUGUACACGUUUCUGAAGCCUCCCAUAAUCCUCCCAGACAGUCCAUGUUAUUAGACCUACUAGAGUGGAGCAAGUCCGAAGCAUUUGAACAUACCCCUGAACUAUACAAUACCAUCCAAAGAGCACACAAGCGGGCUUUUGGAAAAUUCACUGCUGUGUCCAGAAAAAGAAAAAUUACCCCUUUACAUGGUUACUGUAAAAAAAUUAAAAAAGCUAGACUGCAGAGAGCAGUAGUUGAGAACUUUAAAAACAAAAGAAGAGCAAGAAGCACUUAA